UGCUGGCGCUGUCUGGGGUAGCCUUGCGAGCUUAUUAGUUGACGGAAGUGUCGAGCUUCUCUGCAAAUUGGAAUGCUGAAAAUACUUUGAAGCUCCUCACGCAGCAGUAAACGAGUGUACGGAUAUCUUUGAUGAGGCAUAGUACAUUCAUUAGCGGAGAAAUAAGUGGUGCGAACGAAGAUGAAAUUGGGGAGGGAGGAGAUUUCGGACUCGAAACACAGCUGGGAAGAUAUAGAUUCCAGCCAGAGUACCCAUGCUCGAGUUGACUACCCUGGGGAUUCCCAGUAAAGAAACAAAACACCAUAGACGCUGGCAUCGCAUCGAAGGUUGGUUCUUUGAUUUUGCGGAUGGAGAACGCCGAAGGCGCACGCCGCGUGGUGCGGUGUGCGGUGGUGCGGUAGAUCUAGCCCUUCCGGUUACGCCGGCGCUGUGCUUUAUAACUGUUAGGUUUCUAGGUCUGUACUAUCCUAUAUCUACCUAACAGCCUUAGAUCCUUAGUUCCAAUGUGGCUAUAGUGUGUGCGAAAGUGUGGUUGGGAUCUUGCAAUAGGGGGUUGUGCGCGGAUGGGCAGAAUCAGCUUCCUACGACAGCAUUGGCGAGUAACGCUCAAGACGCGUCCGGAGACUUUCGUCUGAGUGAUAGUUCUGUUCCGUAGCUUGAGGAGAGUAGAUUCCGACCGGUAUUUGUGGCUAUUGUGGGUGGAUUCCAAUGAUUGCGUUUGUUGGGUGUCGUGUUUUCGCAUCACAUCAAGAGCCCUUGAAUAGAUAUUACGCAGGUGUGUCUCCCUCAUGCUUACAGCUGUGAUAGAGCUCAGCGGGUGAUGAAUCAUG